CGCGGUCGCCAGUUUGACACGUGCGAUGGCCAAGGCCGAGGCCUCGAUUGCGCCUGCCGUGCCAGCGCGCCAGCGCAGCCUGCAAAAGUACCGCGCCAAGAAGAAAGAGUCGCAGACGCAGCUGCAAGACAAGGUCAUCCGACUCCGCGUGCACGUCGCGCAGCUCGAGGACCAGCUCACGAGCCAUACGCUGGCGCUGCCGCCGCCGAUGCCGACGUUCGCCGGCCUCGCCAACGUCGCGCGCGAGUUCUUUAGCGUCUUUGAGCACGGCUUUAGCGACCCCGGCCAGGCUGCAUACAAGGAUCAGCUGCAUUUCCUGUACUGCACAACGUCGCCUGACUUUAGCUUCAUGGGCGAGGCGGAUGGCAUGUCGAUGCUCUUUCGGCAGUGGGGCUUCUACACCAAGGUCUUUGCGUCCUUCACGCACGUGUGCGACGGCGCCGAGACCAUCGCGCUCACCGACGACGAGAUCGUGGUCCAGGCCCGGACAACGCUGCACCUCCGACUCUCCCGCGCCUCGAUUGCGACCAUUUACCCAAACUUGAUUGCGGUCAACGAGCCGCUCGUGCAGUCGCUCAUUGGCAAGAUGCUCCGCGUGCCCAUGCACGCGCUCUUCUACAUGUACAAGGACACGACCGCCGUCCACACGUUUACCGUCGACGCCGACAUCACCACGGCCGCGAUCACGCUGCUCGGCAACGUCUCGGACGCAGCGAUAGCGCUCGAGUCGUCGCGCUACGAAGCGACCGCCAGGCUCAACUUGUGAGCGGAAAACAGAGCAGUGGCGCGCGCCGAAGCACAGUGAAACUGCGUUUUUUUGCAAAUCCAUAAAGUCACGUUAUCAUCUUGGG